CCAAAUUUGCGAAAGCUAUUCGCUGCUUCACGGAGCGAACAGGAAGAAAGUGCCUACAGCAGAACUGCGGUUGGUCAACCCUAGGACACUACCCCCAACGGGAAAUACAAACUGAUAUAUCACGGAGAGAACCAAGUUUUAUAAUCUGCUAUUCUUCGUAACCUCUAUCGCCGCCUUCAGCUAUGCUGCACAAAGGCUCGCACCCACGAAAGUAUUG